AUGAUUGUAGGUCAAGGUUUCAAUCACAUUGAAAAUGUCAUGCAAAUAGCGCAAAAAAAUAGAAAGAAGAGAAAAGAAAAAAGCCAGAAAAGUAUUGGAAUUUCUCCAAUACCAACUUUUGUUGUUCUAAUGUUAUGUCUCGUUCCGCAGCAAGGUAUAACAGUAAAUAGAAAAAAAGUUGUUAAAGACAUUCUCGAGUGCAGUGGAGAAAAAAAAAGAGUUCUUCGACGUCCAAACGUGAAGUAA